AUGGAGGGGAAUCCUUUAAAUGAAAUCGACAAAAUUCGCAGUCAAAAAGUCGUAUACCUGAAUCCCAAAGAUACAAUAAAAACUGUAAUUCCUGGUCCUACCAAGCUGCCUUACAUAGGAAAUCUUUAUGAAAUGAUGCCAGACAUGAACGCUGCAUUUCUUCGUUUCUUCGAAAAAUAUGGUCCCGUAGUCGAUGUCAAUAUCAUAGGAAAUAGAGUUAUAGCAACCUGCGACCCAGAGGUCGCCGAACUUUUUGUCAAAGAAAACGAAUACUUUACCAAAAAAAUCAAGGCCGCUCUGAAGGAAAUCAAACUUUUUGCGGGACAAGGUUUAUUUACAACCGAUACUAGUGAUCCCGACUGGAAGCUGGCUCACAAGUUGCUCAUGCCCGCAUUCAGUCCUCGUGCUAUCAAGGUUUAUCAAAAAGAAAUGGGCAUCAUUGCCCAGGAUACGAUCCGUAUCUUUGAACAAUACAAACCAGACGAGAAAGUAGACAUCCUCCACUGGACUACAAACCUCACUUUCGAGACCAUUGGCAAGAUCGGUUUCGGCUAUGAAUUUGGGCUUCUCGAAAAACGUGAAGCACCCCCACAUCCUUUUAUUGAAGCUAUGGCCUAUUGUCUUAAGCAGAGUAUAGCUCGUUUCCUUCAGGCUCAAUUUAUCAAGAGCCUUCCUCUCGAAAUGAACCGUCGCUAUGACCGUGAAGUAAAACUCAUGCAUACCAUCGUUGACGAGGUUAUCAAGGAACGCAAGCAGAGCAAGGAUGCCAAUGAUAUCGAAAAGGAUCUCCUGGGAUUCAUGUUGAACGCCCGCGACGAGCAUCAUCAGGGUCUUUCUGACGAAAACAUCCGUGACCAGGUCGUUACUUUCUUGAUCGCCGGCCACGAUACCACAGCCAACACUCUUGCCUGGUUCCUCUACGAAAUCUCUCGCCAGCCUGAUAUCGAAGCCAAGAUUCUUCAGGAGAUCGCAAAUGUUGGCAUCACACAUACAGACCUGCCUUGCUCUGAACAAAUCAGCAAACUUAAAUAUAUCCACAUGUGUCUCAAGGAAACCCUUCGUAUGCACCCCCCUGUGCGUGCUCUAGGAAAGUACUGUCAGCAGGAUUGCAUUAUCCCUGGUGGGUACAAAAUCGAGGCUGGUACUUCUGUAUCUGUUCAACUCUAUGGUCUUCACAUGAACCCCAAGGUCUAUCCCGAUCCAUACAGAUUCGAUCCCGAACGUUGGACUCCUGAAGAAGAACAGAAGCGUUCAAAGGCUGCAUGGCUACCCUUCAGCACUGGUCCUCGUGCAUGCAUCGGCAUGGCUUUUGCUCUCCAGGAAGCCAAGACUGUUAUCGCCAUGCUCUUAAACCGUUUCAAAUUCUGUUAUGAUGGUCCUCCUGUCAAGUAUGAUCCUAAGCAGCCUACAACCAAGCCUGUAGACUUGUUUAUGACAAUCCAUGACCGUACCGACUUCCCCGAAUCUUCUAUCAAUCCC